CAAAAGUAUAUACCCUUCAAUUCCAGCAGAGCUUCACUCUGCUCUGAUAUCAACAAGACACUCUGCACCAAAACACCACCGUCCAAUCGCCAUAUAAUACCAAAUAAAAUACAAGGCAAUUUUGAGUUGGGCACAAAUCAUUAUGGAAUAACGCUUUUUACAUAUUGGCUGUCACGCCGUACUAGACUCCCCUAGAGGCACAAUCACGACAUGGCAACAAGACGUUCAGCUCGCGCCAGUCGCGCUAAAAGUUAUACAGAGAACAUUUACGAUUCGGAAUCAGAUGCAGGCACAGAGAAUUCAGCAGCCCCAGUAAAGAGGACACCGUCACGAUGGAAACCGCGGGUACAGGAUGAAGAGGAAUACUCGGUAGUCGACCAUGAGGAGGGCGAUCUGGAUAUGCCAGAUGCCGGUGAAGAAGAGGAAGAAAUCCCCCGCGCCAAGAAAUCACCAAAGAAGGUCAUUUAUAAACCAGCGAAAAGCGCGGCUAUCCAGGAACCAGCAAACUUGAAAUACGUUGACCUCGCACUGGCCACACAGGACGCUGAGGACGCCAAAGGAUAUGUCGGAUCAACGGAUCGCGGAACCCACGGCAAUGCGCUCAUCUCGGCGUGGUAUGGCCCAGAUGAGCUGUCCCUAGAAAUUUGCGAGGCUAUGCGCUUCCGCUGGGCACCUUGGAAAGUUCUUCCGCCGAAAGGGCGGCCCUUAGAUUAUCCUCUUCCCGAAGUUGCGCCUUGGGUGGGGGACCGUGACGCCAGAUACAAUUUCACAUAUGCGCAGCGAUGGGUGGACAGAGUACGGAAGGCUACAAAGUCGAGUGGGAAAACGACUGAGGUCGUGAAGAAGGCAGACAUUGGUCAUUACCAGCCGCCGCGACGGGACAUGCCCGUCUUUAUCGGUGCCCAUGACGAUCCAGAACGACUGACGAUGGCGCCGGGCGACGGCUUCUGCCUUUCGCAAGCGGGUAUUCCCUACGAAACAGACACGGGAGCUGAAAAGGUAACAAUGGGCUGGAUGUUUGACGUUGGCGGCAUAGCAACCAGCAUGGACUGGGCGCCACGAGAAGGCAAAGAUGCUACGCAGCAGCUUGCCCUGGCUGUUAUUCCUUUCGAGGAUCAUGCGCCAUACGACUACCUUGAGGAAGCAUCCAAGCCGGAUUUUCAGAAGUAUGGCACUGUACAACUAUGGGAGUUUCGCGGGCAACCGGUAGAAACGGGGUUUAUAAGUCCAGCAAUAGGCAAGCCGAUACACAAGUGGACGCUGUGUAUGGAUCAUGGUCGAGCAAAACGGGUUGCUUGGAGCCCGCUGUGCAGCUUCCUCGCUAUCAUUUGCGGCGAUGGAAACGUCUAUGUCGUAGAUGCGGAAGCAUCACACGAAGGACUACAUAAAAUGAUACAACCUACAGCUACAUUAUCCCUUGCCAAUGAACCAGACGUCAGGGGCACUGCAAUGACAUGGAUCACGAUUAACCGCCUCGCAGUAGGCUACUCAGACGGCUCUAUUGCGCUCUGGUCGAUCCAGCCCCGUCGUCUACUCUCUCGCCACCCAGUGCACCAUACCACGAUUGUCGGUAUGGUUUCUGGUGCACCAAGCCGGCCUUACAUGGUUGCUUCGUAUCCCGUCGGCGGAACAAAUAAGCUUAUCGACCUACGAUCUCCCAGCAUCGAAUCCACCGAGGUGCAAAGUACAGUCAUCAACCCGCAGGCCCAUCUCAUUGGCUACAGCGACCACCUGCUCGGCUUCAUCAUGCUGAACCCAAGUUCGCGCGCAGUUAAUGCAAUUCUCACGUUUUCGCAUUACGCACACUUUCCCAUGGUGCGAACACUGUGUACUAUGGAUAGUCUGCCGACAUGUCUGUCGGUCGGUCGAACACAUCCAUGUCUGCUUGUCGGCACGUUAGACGGAAGUGUAUGGUGCAUGAAUCCUCUCGCCGAGCUUCUCAGCACACGCUACGUCACUAUGGGCCGGUUACGCAUCUUCCAGCACGAGCAUGUGUCGGCACGUUUCCACCAGCCCGACACGCCAGCAGCAGUGCGUGGCACGUCGCGGAUUAUCCAUGGCUUCGCGUUAGAAACGAAGCCGGAGAAGGCGGAAGGUAGGCAGGCCGCGCCUAAACCGAAGAAGAAGAAGGCCAAGUCUGCUACCAAGACUGACUUUGAGUCGGAUGAUGAUGGAGAGGGCGGAAGUGGUACUACAAAGAUGUUUAUGAAUGAUCCUGGCACGAGAAUAUGUUCCGUCCAGUGGAAUCCAAAUGAGGCGUACGGGUGCUGGGCAGCCGCUGCCAUGGCGUCUGGCUUGGUGAAAGUAAUGGAUCUGGGUAUAGAGCUAGCAUGAUAAUGAAACAUUAUGUAUUCUCUUCGUCUAUAUAUGUAACGUCAUCUCAUAUAUACAAUCCUCUAGUAAGCGUAAAGUCUAUGCUGCGCAGACGCCCUUCAUAACAGUAUGAUGGUAAUCAAAUGCCUUGGCCAUGCCGUAAAAGUGCGUCAAGGCCGCCAUGAGCACAAAUAUGUGGAAAAUCUGGUGCGAAUGGCCCCAGACGUCGAAUUUGCCUGGAUGAUUUCUCUCCGGCCAUCGAACCUGUCCCAAGUUAGCAUCUCGCCCCGUCCAACACUCGCCAUACAAAGACUUACAGCAUACAAGACGGCGCCAAAGAUGUACAUGGCGCCGUGCAGAAUCACCAGCCCGACGCUCAUUCUAUCAUCCACCGCCUGGAACCCGUCCUGGCUGAUACCAUGUACCACGGGAAUCACACCCGACAGCCCCAGGCUAAUGAACAUGGCAGCGCGAUAUGGCCGCCAAUCCGGCGUCCUGAAUCGUUCCACCCACGAGACUGUCGCGCAGCCAGCUCCCAGGAUACAAAUCUAGACUCCGUGUUAGCACCACUGCCAUCCUCCCCAUCAUCUAUGUUGCAAGCAGCCACAUCCAACUUACAAGAUAGAGAUAACUCUGCAGUAGCACAGGCUGGCAGUAAAACCCGUAAUACAGCGCCGGCACAUAACUUCCCACAAUAAGCGCCACGAUACCCGUAUAAUCCAGCUUAUUCCCCCACUUGGCAACUUGCUCACUAUGGUCAACGAGCCCAUGAUACGUUGCGCUCAUGCCCAGACAGAGCAUGGCGCCGCCAAAGAAGCACGCAAAGACAGCCACGUCCGUGAAAUUAGCGUACUCGAGGUACCGCGGCCUAGCGACAUUGUAGAUGUACACCGAUGAGGCUGCAAAGAUGGCGCACCCGAUGAGAUGGCUCCAGAUGUUGACCGACUCAUUGUGCAGAUAGAACAGUGAGCGCAGAGCGUGUGUAUAGGACGGUGUGAUGCGGCGGUACGAUGUGUGAAUGAAGGCGUUGUCGCGGCGCCAUGGCGGCAGGUCGUCCCAAUGGAUCAGCAGGGACAGCUUCUCUGGUACCGCCGUGACAGAUGAUGCUUGUGAGGCGUCGCGGCGUUUGCGCAGCUCCCUGUCCGAGGCCAUGAUGGGUUGGCGUGGUAAAUAAGGGAAAUUACAGAUGAUGUUGUAGAAUCCAGGCAAUGGGGUGGAUUUAUGGUGGAUUUGUAUGCUGGUGAGUUUUGUUGGCGACGCGUGUUUUUG